UGUUACCCACAAAGGCACUCCUUUUAUUCAAAUCUCUCUUAACUUUUUUCAACAAUAUAAUCAAACAAUGUAUGUAUUAUGUUUAAAAAUAUGAUAAAUCAUGUCUAUCACUUUAUAAAUGUAGUCUUCUACCUCUUCCCUUCCAUCAGAUUCCGACUUCCUCUCCACAAGUUCAGUUUCUGAUUUCCAGGCUUAAGAAGCCAAACCUUUCUGCAAAUUCAGGGUUUUGGGUUUAAGGGGUUUGAUCUUUUCAUGGGUGCCAAUGAAUCUCGUUCUUCGUCUGACACAAAUGGUGAGGGUCCUUCAUCCAUGCCCAGACUCGGUGACAUACCAGAGAGCUGCAUGGCGUCGAUUCUAAUGCACUUGGACCCGCUUGAGAUCUGCAAAUUGGCUCGAUUGAACCGGGCCUUUCACGCUGCUUCUUCCGCUGAUUUUAUUUGGGAAUUGAAGUUGCCUUCAAAUUAUCGGUUUAUAUUGGACAAAGUGUUUGAUGGUAACAAAACUAUGGCAGAUUUAGGGAAGAAAGAUCUUUAUUCCAAGCUAUGCAAGCCUAGCCCAUUUGAUGGUGGCACAAAAGAAAUGUGGCUGGAUAAGGAUACUGGUGGAGUUUGCUUAUCCAUUUCUUCCGAGGCUCUAACUAUUACUGGGAUUGAUGACCGGAGAUACUGGAACCACAUUUUUACGUAUGAAUCAAGAUUUCAGAAAGUUGCAUAUCUUCAGCAGAUUUGGUGGCUUGAAGUAGAUGGAGAGUUUGAGUUUCAAUUUCCAGCGGGAACAUAUAGCCUAUUCUUCAGACUGCAGCUUGGCAAGUCCACAAAGAGAAUGGGUCGCAGGGUUUGUAACACGGAGCACAUCCAUGGUUGGGAUGUAAAACCUGUGAGGUUUGAGCUAACAACUUCGGAUGGUCAACAUGUUGUGUCCCAAUGCCUCCUGGACAAUCCUGGGAACUGGGUUCACUACCAUGUGGGAGAUUUUGUAGUGAAGCAUCCGAAUGAAUUGACCAACAUCAAAUUUUCAUUGACACAGAUUGACUGCACUCACACUAAAGGAGGGCUCUGUUUAGAUGCUGUUUUUAUAUACCCCAGUAGCUUUGGCAAUGAGAUAUGCAGACCGUUCAGGUCGUGACCAACCCAUUUUGCAUACUUUUUUUUUUCCUUUUUUGAGCAUUGAACAUCACAGUAAACAACUGUGCACAUGUAAAAAAGUGAGAUGAUUCAAAUAAAGAUACUUCAUAUAUAAAACCAUCAACGGCUGGACAGCAAGGUGAAUUUGCUACGCAGACCAUGUAGUUGUUAUGAUUGGAACGAAGGUGAUGAAUUAUAGGAA